UCCUUUCUUCCUCCUAGCAAGGAGGUUAAGGUUGCAGAAUGGAGAAGUGUUUCCUUCCAGGCUUAAGCAAUGGCAGGGAAAGAGUUUGCAAAGCAGAAAUAGGGGCAAACAUCAGAUAUCUUUGGAGUUUGCAACUGAUGCAAAAGCUACCUGCUUAAAAGAGGACCCGAUUGCCAUGGCUGCGGUGGACAGCUUCCCCCUCCUGCUCCGGGAGAUCGGACGCUCCUGCAGCUCCUACAUAGAGACCUUGGCUCUUGUUGGGGCAUUUUAUAUAGCCAAGACCUGCCUCAUUGUCCUUGGCAACACUUACACCUUGAUCCGGGUGCAUUUCAUUCCCAGGCUGGUCGGAAAAGCCGAUUUGGUCAAGCUGUACGGGAAAUGGGCCAUCGUCACAGGUUGCACUUCGGGUGUUGGCAAAGCCUAUGCAAACGAGUUGGCAAGCUGUGGGGUGAAUGUCAUCUUAAUCAGCCGAAACCGGGAGAAGCUGGAAGCGGUAGCCAAAGAGUUGGCCGAGUCCCACCGGAUCGAGACGGCGAUCGUGGUGGCGGACUUCAGUGCUGGCCGCGAGGUUUACCCGUCAGUGGCGAAAGCCUUGGCGGGCAAAGAGAUCGGCAUCCUGGUGAAUAACGCUGGGGUUUUCUACGACCACUUGGACGGCUUCACCAAUUUGACCGAACAGCAUAUUUGGGACUUGAUCAACGUGAACAUUGCGGCGGCAAACAUGAUGGUGCACCUCGUGCUGCCAGGGAUGGUGGAGCGCAAGAAGGGCGCCAUUGUGAACGUGUCUUCGAUGAGCUGCAUCCACCCCUCCCCAGAAAUGACAGCCUACUCGGCCUCCAAGGCUUAUCUGGACCAUUUCAGCCGAGCGCUUUAUUAUGAAUAUGCUCCCAAGGGCAUCUUUGUUCAGAGCUUGAUUCCCGGCUUCAUCUUCACCAAAAUGAUAAAACACGUCAGCCUGUUCACCAAAGAGAGCCUUUUCGUGCCUUCUGCGGAGGAGUAUGCGCACCAGGCCAUCACCACCCUGGGAGUAGCCAAAAGGACCACUGGAUACUGGCCACAUACAAUUAUGCUUAUGUUUGGACGUUACCUACCGGAAUGGCUCUGGUUUUGGGGGAUUAAGAUUAUUCAUCUUUCUGAGAAGAGGAGACAUUGAGUUGUGGGAAAAGCAUUCCGAACGAUUAUCUGGAGAGACAUGAUAACAUCUCGCAACUUAAGUUUGGUCGAUUCCUACAAUAACCCCAUGGCUUUGGGUAUCUUUUCUCUUCCUCUGCUGGAACACAAUUCCAUGACCAAAGAUUCAGAUGUCAUUCUCUGUUUUUGUUUAUUAGAGAAUCUUAGAGCAAUGUAGAAGGAAAAAACCUGUUUUGGUAACUGACUUACUUUGUAGGAAGGUCAGAUUUUUUGAUAAAGCAACCGGUGAUUCUGGUUUUGAUGCUUUUAACUUAGCAACGCAUGGAGAAUGGGGCGGUAUUAAGAAAGCCGAACGGGGUUCUUAAGCAACUGAUAAGAAUGGGAAAGAUAUUAAUGUUAUCUUCCUGUUCCUAUCAUAAUGAUAUAUCUUCUAUCAAAAUGGUGUGCUGCGUUUUCAAUAAAAUACUUUAGUCUUCUUUGAUGACAGAAGGUAUAAGUAUAUAUAUAUACUAUUUAAAUACAAGCUGUAUGGUCUUUAAUAAAUACUAGUUUAAUUUC